AUGAAUAUGACCAACAAUACCAUCCCGGUGACCAAGUUCAUCCUGCUGGGUUUCCCCUCCCUGGGCUGGCUGAGUCGCACCUUCCUCGGUGUCCUUCUCUCCUUGGCCUAUGCUAGGACGCUGGCAGGAAACCUGUGCAUUGUGUGGGCUGUGCUGCGGGAUCCCCACCUCCAAUGCCUGCCCAUAUACAUCUUGCUGGGGAACUUCACCUGGCUGGAGAUCUGCUACAUCACGACCACGCUGCCACGGAUGCUUUCUGACCUAGUGUCCCCCACCGCCCCCAUCUCCUUCCAGGCCUGCUUUGUGCAGUUUUAAUUCUUCUUUUCCAUGGGGGCCACCGAGUGCCUCUUCCUCUUGGCCAUGGCCUUGGAUAGGUACCUGGCCAUCUGCCACCCCCUGCCCUACCCCAUCCUCAUAUCCCACCAGCUCUGCUGGGCCCUGGUGGCCUCCUGCUGGCUCUGUGGCUUCCUUUGGUUUGUAGUGCCCAUCGUCCUCAUCUCUCAGCUCUCCUUCUGUGGUUCCAACACCCUGAAUCAUUUUCUCUGUGACCCAGCCCCGUUGCUGGCUGCCUCCUGUACCCCAGCUUCCUGGACUGAACAGGCCUGCUAUGCCCUGAGCUCCCUCAUCAUCUUUGUCACCAUCCUCUUCAUCUUGGCCUCCUAUGGGCUAGUCAUCAGGGCUGUGCUGUGGCUGCACGCAGGGGCCGGGCAGCACAAGGCCUUCUCCACCUGCACCUCGCACCUGGCCAUGGUGGGCCUGUUCUAUGGCUCUGCCAUGGUCACCUAUGUCAACCCGGCUGCCUCAGGGAGCAGCGGGAAAGUGGUGACUCUCUUCUACACAGUGGGGACCCCGCUGCUCAACCCACUGAUCUACAACUUGAGGAACAAGGAGAUGAAGGAGGCUGAGAGGAGGACCCUGCUGGGGAAGCGGUAA